AUGCAACAGGCAGACAUGCAGCAGGCGGUCAUGCAGCAGGCGGUCAUGCAGCAGGCAGACAUACAGCAGGUGGUCAUACAGCAGGCAGUCAUGCAGCAGGCAGACAUGCAACAGGCGGACAUGCAACAGGCGGUCAUGCAGCAGGCAGACAUACAGCAGGCAGACAUGCAGCAGGCGGACAUGCAGCAGGCGGACAUGCAGCAGGCGGACAUACAGCAGGCGCUCAUACAGCAGGCGGUCAUACAGCAGGCAGUCAUGCAGCAGGCGGACAUGCAGCAGGCGGACAUACAGCAGGCGGUCAUACAGCAGGCGGUCAUGCAGCAGGCGCUCAUACAGCAGGCGGUCAUACAGCAGGCAGUCAUACAGCAGGUGGACAUGCAGCAGGUGGACAUGCAGCAGGCGCUCAUACAGCAGGCAGUCAUACAGCAGGCGGUCAUGCAGCAGGCGCUCAUACAGCAGGCGGUCAUACAGCAGGCAGUCAUACAGCAGGUGGACAUGCAGCAGGUGGACAUGCAGCAGGCGCUCAUACAGCAGGCAGUCAUACAGCAGGCGGACAUGCAGCAGGCGGUCAUACAGCAGGCGGUCAUACAGCAGGCGGUCAUACAGCAGGCGGUCAUGCAGCAGGCAGACAUGCAGCAGGCGGACAUGCAGCAGGCGGACAUGCAGCAGGCGGACAUACAGCAGGCGCUCAUACAGCAGGCGGUCAUACAGCAGGCGGACAUGCAGCAGGCGGACAUGCAGCAGGCGGACAUACAGCAGGCGGUCAUACAGCAGGCAGUCAUACAGCAGGUGGACAUGCAGCAGGCAGUCAUACAGCAGGUGGACAUGCAGCAGGCGGACAUGCAGCAGGCGGACAUGCAGCAGGCGGACAUACAGCAGGCGGUCAUACAGCAGGCAGUCAUACAGCAGGUGGACAUGCAGCAGGCGGACAUGCAGCAGGCGGACAUACAGCAGGCGGUCAUGCAGCAGGCAGUCAUACAGCAGGUGGACAUGCAGCAGGCGGACAUACAGCAGGCGGACAUACAGCAGGCGGUCAUACAGCAGGUGGACAUGCAGCAGGUGGACAUGCAGCAGGCGGUCAUACAGCAGGCAGUCAUACAGCAGGUCAUACCAGCGCACACAACCCAAAAAUACAGUUUGCUCUUUUUUUCCCAUCGUUAG